AUGGCUGUGGAGGCCCACUACGCCAAGGUCGAGGCAUCGGGCAAGAGGAAGCCGUUCGGGAUCGUGCUGUCCCACCGCUACGUCGGCAACGAGCCGACCCUCGCCGGACUCAAGGGCGUCGACCGGCUGGUGGCCGACGCCAUCGGGUCGGUGCGCUGCGUGCAGCUCCUGCCGGUGCUCGUCUACCGCCACCUCGUGACGGAUAAAUGGGAGUGCGACCCCGAAAGCGAGGCCGACGUCGUGGCCUUCACCCCCGCUGACCUGCGCUACGCCAUGGACCCCAAGGCCAACCCCCGGCCUCCGCGCAUCAAGACGCACACCUGUGUCGGCGUGGAACACAGAGCCUGGCUGGCGCCAACUACACGGGCAACACAGCCUCCCCAGACCAUCGGCUGCAUCUACUUCAGCGCCGCCCUGCUCAUCGGCAGCCCGCUCGCCUCGCCCGAGGAGGCCAUCACCGAAGAACCAGCGCCGUGA